AUGCCUCCGGAACUUCCUCCUUGGAGGACCAGAGUGCAACGAUAUGGCCGAGAAUAUGGUGCCUAUAGACUUGGCCAAUACUUGUUUCCCCACGACGAGGCGGAGAAGAGAAGGAUGGAUAUGGUGCACACAAUGCUCAAGGUCCUCAGACCCAAGCCUCGACGGAUCACCGAAGUCCCGCACGAAAUUCUCCAGAUGCAGACAGACGGGUGGGAUGAUCGACCUCGCCGGCCCCGUGUCCUCGACUUGGGUUGCGGCACCGGCGUCUGGAUCAUAGACAUGUCGCACGUCUUCAAGGACGCCGAGUUCAGAGGCGUCGACAUACAAUUCCAAGGCCCUCCGAACCCCAGUGACUCAGUCGACUACACCGUCCCCUGGGAUUACGAGGGACCAUGGGCUCUGGGAGAAGCGUCAUGGGACCUGAUCCACCUUCAGAUGGGCUUGGGCAGUGUCUCAAACUGGGAGGCACUCUUUCAGAAGAUUUUCGCCCAUCUUGUGCCCGGCGGUUACUUUGAAUGGGUCGAGUUUGACUUUGAGCCUCGCUGUGACGACGGCACGCUGCAGCAUGGAAAGCUGACAGAGUGGUGGGAACUCUACAUCAAGGCCACGUACGAGGCAGCCGGUCGUCGUCUUCACUGGGAUCCGACGGUAGUCGAGACGCUGAAGCGUGUGGGGUUCAGGGAUAUCCAACACGUUGUGUUCCAGAUCCCGUUGAAUACAUGGGGCAAGAACGAGGACUACAUGCACCGCAUGUCAGAGUGGUGGCAGCUCAUGAUGGGAGCAGAUUGGAACGGCGGUGGUGCCUACGGGCUCGAAGCCAUCAGUCUUGCGCCUCUAUGCAAGUUCUCCAAUUGGCCUCCCGAUCACGUCAAACGCCUUUGCAACGAGGCGCUGGCCCAGGCUGCUGAUACCAAUGUCCACGUCUACAACCAAAUUCAUAUCAUCACAGCCAGAGCACCUCACCGUAACGAACAAUAA